AUGUCAGAGCUUGCUCCUGACACCACUGCCACUGCUGCUGUCGGCCUGUCCUCUGCUCCCCACGAUCUCCAGGGUUUGUUGAAGCAGUUCCAUGGUGUGACGUGGGAUGAGAGGGUCCCGGGCCACAGGUGCCUGAGGUGCAGCCACAGAUCAGCAGUGCAGGUGUGGGCCAGCUGGUGUCCGGUGUCCAGAUGUGUCUCCAUCAUCAGCCCUCCUCAGGCCUGUCCUCACACGGACCCUCACAAAGACCUCUCCACACACAUGACAGCGACACAAAGGCAACACAGGUGGAUGCCCAUACCCCAGCCGCACCGCCACUCCUGCAAAGAAUUCUGGGAAAAGAAACUCAUCUACAUCUGA